AUGAGGCGAGCUGCGCAGCGCUUGACGGGAGGGGGCGUCUUGAUCCGCCGGACCUAUGCCGACACGCGAGGCGUGCUUAGCGAGGAGGAGAAGGCGGCGGAAAACAUGUAUAUAAAGAGAAUGGAGAGGGAAAAGCUCGAAAAAGCCCGCAUGAAGGCAAGCGAGGAGGAGGCCUCGUCUGCGGCAUCCUCAGCAUCCACAGCUGCCCAGGAAGAACGAGUGCCAAAGGCAGACCCGGACCUGCCCACCAAGAGCAUAGCGAUGGGAGCUGGCCUUGUUGCUGUGGCUUGUGCAGUUUACUUCAUGUUUUCGUCGCCCCCUAGUGGCAAGAAGACUGCGGAAUCCAAGGUCGAAGAGUCUUAGUAAGUCCGCACCGCACGGAAAGCGAGACAAUCACGAAAGACGCCCUGGCUUGGCUUUUUCAUCUUUCACUGUUAAAUAACAAAGUAAGGGCCCUCUAGGGCUUAGUGGCAUUUGGUCUUUUUGGCGAUGGAGGAGGACGAGGAGCUGUUGCAGCGGCUGGGCGUGACGGCUGCACGAGCUGAGGACGUCGAGCGCCAUGUCAUUGCUGCGCAGCACCACCAGGUUGAUGGCGGCGGCGGGGGCGAGCACCCGGAGGCUAUUGCCAAGCAAUUGACUGUCUUGCAGAAGGAGAUUGACGCUGUGGAGAAUGGUCUGGAGCGUUAUGAAGAGGACGGUGGUGAGCUCCACACCACUCUCGCGCACGACCGUCUCCACUCUCUCAACUCCAAGAAGAAAAAGCUGCGAGCCCGAUUGAAGUCUCUGGAUGGAGCGUCACCUUCCACACAAGAACAACGCUCUUGCCUCCUGGAAGACAACGACCUCGACGCAGCUCUGGACGCAGCCUCUGGGCUUGUUGAGACUGAGCGUGACAGGCUCAUCCGCACCGGGGCACUGACGCCGUUUGACAGGAUCAAAGGCUUCGAGCGCCGAGUACAGACGCUAAGUGAUCGACAGUCGCUGGAGCGGGACCGAUUGGCCGAGACCAGCCUCUCUAAUGCCGUCGCGUCGCUGGCCGCAAUAUCUCGCUCUCGAGCAACCACCAAGCUGCUCGAUCCGGCCCAGCUCCCAACGCUCGAGGCGCCGACGCGUGAGUUUCGAAGGCCUCCAAAGUCACUUGACGUUGGGAGGAGGAAGAAGCGCAAGCGGCCGCUGCCUGAGUCCAAGUGGAGGCGGAAAAAGCCUCACAAGCUACCAGAGCUGGCAGCAGAUGACAACGACGAUGGCGACGACAACGACGUUAAUGAUGAGGAAUGCGACGACGACGUGAUCCUGGAAGGAGGGCUCAGGAUUCCGUUAGAUAUCUACGACAGGCUCUUCGAUUAUCAGAAAACUGGAGUCAAGUGGCUGUGGGAACUGCACUCUCUAAAAACAGGGGGGAUCAUAGGCGAUGAGAUGGGACUAGGCAAAACGGUACAGGUCAUUGCAUUUCUGGCUGCCUUACACCACAGUCGGAUGUACUCGCCCAGCAUUGUCGUCUGUCCCGUGACACUAACUUUCCAGUGGAAGCGGGAGGUUGAAAAGUGGUAUCCCAAGUUCGACGUGCAAGUUGUGCACGAGUCGGCUGCUCCGAAAGGGAAGAAGAAGGAGGCGGAGGAUUCCGAUGCAAGCGGAGAUGACAGUGGCGACGCGAAGCGUGAUGCAAGACUAGCUCGUUGGGACGGGGUUGUAGAAAAAACUGUCCGGUCGCCUUCUGGUCUCAUUGUGACGACUUAUGAGCAGCUCCGGUUGCUGAAAGAUACACUGCUGGACAUAGACUGGGGCUAUGCGGUACUGGACGAAGGGCACAGGAUAAGGAAUCCAGACGCUGAAACAACUCUCAUCUGCAAGCAGCUACAGACUGUUCACCGCAUUAUCAUGACCGGUGCUCCUAUACAAAACAAGCUUACAGAGCUGUGGUCUCUCUUCGACUUCGUUUUCCCCGGAAAGCUGGGAGUCCUUCCAGUGUUCCAGGCCCAGUUUGCUCUACCUAUAUCCAUCGGUGGCUAUGCAAAUGCGACAUCGUUGCAGGUCUCCACUGCCUACAAGUGUGCCGUCACCCUUCGGGAUCUGAUCAUGCCUUACAUUCUCCGCCGCAUGAAGUCCGAUGUUGAAGCCAAGCUCACCAAGAAGACGGAGCACGUUCUUUUCUGUAGCCUGACUGAGACGCAGCGCGCCUGCUACCGUGCCUUCUUAGCAAGCUCAGACGUGGAACGCAUUUUCGAGGGGAGCAAGAACGCACUCUACGGCAUUGACAUACUGCGGAAGAUCUGCAACCAUCCUGAUCUUCUGGAGAGGGAGGCCAGCGAGAAGCAUGCCGACUACGGCCUACCAGAUCGAAGUGGGAAGCUGAUGGUGGUCAGUCAGGUCCUCAACUCGUGGAAGGAUCAGGGGCACAGAGUACUUGUUUUCUGCCAGACGCAACAGAUGCUGGAUAUCGUUGAGAUCUUUGUAGAGUCACAGGGGUAUACAUACAGGAGAAUGGAUGGCUCCACAUCUGUGAAGCAGCGGCCGGCUCUAAUCGACGAAUUCAACGAGUCUUCACAUGUUUUCGUCUUCCUAUUAACUACCAAAGUCGGGGGCCUGGGAACCAAUCUUACUGGUGCGAACAGAGUUAUUAUUUUCGAUCCGGACUGGAACCCUUCGACUGACAUGCAGGCUAGAGAAAGGGCUUGGAGAAUCGGGCAGACAAAGGACGUUAUUGUUUACCGUCUAAUUACCAGGGGAACGAUUGAAGAGAAGGUGUACCAUCGCCAAAUAUACAAGCAGUUUUUGACGAACAAAAUCCUCCGGGAUCCCCAACAACGGCGUGUAUUCAAGUCCAAAGACAUGCGAGAUUUGUUCGUGCUGCACGAAGAUGCGGAGGGAGACAAAACGGAGACAUCGAACUUGUUUCCAGAGUUAAAGCUUCCCGCUGCGGCUGAAAGCGACGGCAAAGAAGCGGCACAUGGUGGCGAGGAAGGUGACCAAAUCACAAGAGACGAGCAAGAUGGUGCGGAUGAGUCCAGGCUUCUGCAGAGCUUGAUGCAGGCCAACGGAAUACACUCUGCGAUGGACCACGAUGCAAUCCUGGCUGUCAACGAUCCCGAACGGGUGAAGGUGGACUUUGAAGCGAGCAGGGUGGCCGAACGAGCUGCCGAAGCUCUCCAGCAGUCUCGGCUAAUACGAAUGCGAGACGACGUGGCUGUUCCCACGUGGACAGGGAACUCAGGCGCUGCUGGGGCUCCAGGUGGUGGACGGAGGAGGUUUGGAGCUGCCGUGAAUUCUCGCUUGAUGUCUCCUGCGCCACCCCCGGGGACGCCAGGUGCAUCUAGCAGCAGGGCCCUCAGCUCGGUCGAGCUCCUGGCUCAGAUGAGGCAACGCCAAGCAGGUGCGGUCGAAAGCAAACGAGAGGCACUACGUAGCGAGCUUGAGAGGUUUCUGAGGAGCCACGGCGGGAGUGCACUGUCGACGACAGUCGUUCAGCACUUCAAGCUGAAGCUGUCACAAGCGGAGCUACCGCUUUUCAGGCAGCUGCUGAAUGAGAUAGCGACCUUGAACAAGGAUGGUGGGGAGUCCAGGUGGAUUCUGAAACACGACUAGAUAUCAUGGACGGGACAUUUUUUCCACAUUCUUUCUCUCAGUAGCCGUAAGGAUGCAGGAGAGGAUCUCUGUUGAUAUCUUUGUACAAAAAGUAUCGGGACCUCGUCCGUCCGAGCGCUCCAUACCUGUUUUGUUUAACAUCCAGACUUCGAUAUAAACACGGUGCAUAGGCAAAGGUUUA